AUGUGCAAACAGCGCCAGGGAUCUUUGCUGCCCAAGAGGAUCGACAGCAUUGCAGUCAUCAACCAUGAGGUUGUCGGUUCGAUUCUGCACGCCACGGCUUUGGGUCCAGACAAGGUGCUGGAAGGCCUCGGUGAAGUGGCACAGCUUCUGCAGUCGAGGUCUGUCAAGCCGCUGACCGUUUCACGGUAUCACUCAGACAAGGAAGAAGUUCUCACACCACGUGCACGGGCAAAUGCUGAGAUUCAACGUUUGAAGAAGCUCUCCUUGGAGCAGCAGAGGAACGGCGUUGCCCCGCUGCCAGUGGUACGCCUAUGCUUUGUGGGGCGAGGCCGCGCAGGCAAGACAACCACCCUGAGACGGCUGAAGGGCGAACCAUUCCGAGAUGAAGAGCCUUCUACACAUGGUUUAGAUGUUUGGGCGUGUCGAGCUGAAGCAGAUCUAAAAGCGGAUGACAAUCAAAGACAGCCAUGGAAAAAGUGGGAGGAAUCCAUGCACCUCAGUGCCUUGAAGGCCCUAGAAGGCAAGCCUUGUUUCCGCAAUUUCCAGGGUGUUUUGCCGUUGUCUAACGCUUGCUUGUGCAACAUUGACGUCUUGAUGCUGCAGAGAGGACAAGCUUCAGAACCAGAAUUCACCGAAGGCACGAUUCCUUGA